GGGCCGCCUCGGGCGCGGGCGCGGGCGCUUUUGCAGGAGCGGGUGCGGACGGCGGCGGCGGCGGGCGGGCGCCCGAGCGAAUGGGACGCGGCGCGGCAGGCGGGCGGGGCCGGCGUCCGCAGCUGGAAUGGUGCUGGCGGCGGCGGGCGCCCGCGAGCUGAAGCCCGAAAGGAGCCGCCAUGGAGACGCCGCCGCGGCCUCCCGCAUGCACAAAGCAGGUUCAUCAGAAGCCUCUCGAUUCAAAAGAUGAUAAUACCGAAAAACAUUGCCCGGUGACAGUGAAUCCUUGGCAUAUGAAGAAAGCUUUUAAAGUCAUGAAUGAAUUAAGAAGUCAGAAUUUGCUGUGUGAUGUCACGAUUGUGGCCGAAGACAUGGAAAUCUCUGCUCACAGAGUGGUGCUGGCUGCCUGUAGUCCUUAUUUUCACGCCAUGUUUACAGGGGAGAUGAGUGAGAGCCGAGCAAAGAGAGUUCGAAUCAAGGAGGUGGACGGCUGGACCUUGAGGAUGUUGAUUGACUAUGUUUACACGGCAGAGAUUCAGGUGACAGAAGAGAAUGUACAGGUACUUCUCCCAGCAGCUGGUCUGUUACAGUUACAGGAUGUGAAGAAGACUUGCUGUGAAUUUUUGGAAUCUCAGCUUCACCCUGUCAACUGCUUAGGAAUCCGGGCUUUCGCUGAUAUGCACGCAUGCACGGACCUCCUGAACAAGGCCAACACCUAUGCAGAGCAACAUUUUGCAGAUGUUGUACUUAGUGAAGAAUUUCUCAACCUUGGCAUUGAACAAGUGUGCAGCUUAAUCUCAAGUGACAAACUUACCAUUUCUUCAGAAGAGAAGGUAUUUGAAGCAGUCAUAGCUUGGGUGAAUCACGACAAAGAUGUAAGGCAGGAAUUCAUGGCUCGGCUGAUGGAGCACGUCCGGUUACCUUUGCUUCCUCGGGAGUAUUUAGUUCAGAGGGUUGAGGAAGAAGCACUGGUGAAGAACAGCAGUGCUUGCAAAGAUUACCUCAUUGAAGCUAUGAAGUAUCAUCUGCUACCAACAGAGCAGCGUAUAUUAAUGAAGAGUGUCCGGACCCGCCUGAGGACACCCAUGAACCUGCCCAAAUUAAUGGUGGUGGUUGGUGGCCAAGCACCAAAGGCUAUCCGAAGUGUGGAAUGCUAUGACUUCAAAGAAGAACGAUGGCACCAAGUAGCAGAAUUGCCUUCCAGGAGAUGUAGAGCAGGAAUGGUCUACAUGGCUGGACUCGUUUUUGCUGUCGGUGGUUUUAAUGGCUCCUUGAGGGUCCGCACUGUGGAUUCCUAUGACCCUGUGAAAGAUCAGUGGACCAGCGUUGCUAACAUGCGAGACCGGAGAAGCACCCUGGGGGCUGCUGUGUUGAAUGGGCUGUUAUAUGCUGUGGGAGGCUUUGACGGGAGUACAGGGCUGUCCUCUGUGGAAGCGUACAACAUCAAGUCUAACGAGUGGUUCCACGUGGCUCCCAUGAACACCAGGAGGAGCAGCGUGGGUGUUGGCGUUGUUGGAGGUCUGCUGUAUGCUGUUGGGGGUUAUGACGGAGCUUCACGUCAGUGUCUCAGCACAGUAGAAUGCUACAGCGCCACGGCAAAUGAGUGGACCUAUAUAGCGGAAAUGAGCACCAGACGGAGCGGAGCAGGUGUUGGUGUGUUAAACAACUUAUUGUAUGCUGUAGGGGGUCAUGAUGGCCCUUUAGUACGAAAAAGUGUUGAAGUGUAUGAUCCUGCCACCAACACAUGGAGACAGGUUGCAGAUAUGAACAUGUGCAGAAGAAAUGCAGCUUUGACCUAUGCUUCCAUCUCAUGAAUUCCAAGACAGUAUUAAACUGAUGCAUAUUUUCAUAAUUCUGAACCCUUUGAAACUCAUCCUCCAGCCCUUGGUGCAGAGUGGCGUGAGCACAGUGAGUCACUGUGGGACGAGGCGGGACCCUGGCCUGGCCUCUGCCCUGGGCGUGCAGCGGCUCCAGCCUGGUCGCCCCUCAUGUGGCCAUAUGAUCCUCGUCUCAUGCAACAGUCGCACUGGAGCCCAAGCCUUUCUGUCUGUCCUCCUCCCUCCUAGAGACUUAAUUAGAGGAAGAACCCUCUUUAUUUGAUACUUGGAUUCUUCUUUCUUACCACAGAGAUUUGUGAGUGUCUACCUGUAUCACAUUCUGGAGCCCAAUUCUCAGGGAAUUUAGUGUAGUUGAGUAAAUAUUUAUACCAGAUUAAAAAGCUACUUGUUUAUCUGAAUCUGUAGGGAAGCCUCAAUAAGGCAACCCCAAUUUAAUAUAGCUCAGGGUUUCUAGAAAAUGGAAAAGCUAAAAUAACAACAGUAAUUUUAAGAAAGCUGAAGUCUUCAUGAUCAGGGAACUACCUACUUAAAAAGAAGAUGUGUGGAAGGGAAAUAGAAAUGGAAUGUAGAUUCAGGAUGGAUAGAUAGUUUUUUUGGGAAAUGCUCAUCUUCUUAAAAAUGUCAUUGUCUUCUUAAAUGUGCCAGUUCCCAUAAACCAAAAUAAGUUCCUGAUGACCCUCAAACUCACUGUGUACCAUUGGAUGAUGUUGCAAGAGGCGCCCUCCAUCCCCCCCGAAAUGUUCUUCUUAAUUUUCCUUCAAUUGAAAUGUGAUCACUAAGGGAGAUCAGUAUGGGGGACUGCAAGAACUCACUUGGCAGAACAAAAUGUGUAAUUAAUUUAGCUGACCUUGACCUCACCCAGUGAGUUGUACUUGGUGAAGUACUGAAACUCUCUCAGCUGCAGAUAGUUCAGAACUGUUAAUAAUAAGACCCACAGUUUCGGGCUCCAGCACACGAAGUUAGAAAAGCAUGUGUGCAUGUGCUUCCUGCAUUAGGAAGUUUGUUUGUGAUUUUAACUUUCAUUAUUCUUUUCCUAAGGAUUAUUCUAGUCUUAUUUUUUCUCUAUCCUUGUUUUAUUGUUUUCAAAUCAAAAAUCAAAAAGAACAAGGAGAGAAUUUGUGUAUCUGGAGCUAUUGUCGUCCUGCUCUUGUUUUGCAGGUAUUUGAACUACUUUAAAAUGGUAUGAGUUUGCUUCCUGUCAAGAGCCUAUCAUAGUAACACCAGGGAGUUUGAGUAAAGAAGAUCCAUUCCAUUUGCAGAGAAGAUACUAUUGCUUUUAAAUGCUGUAUGGAGAUUUGGGCUCAUUAUUUUGUUAUGUUAAAAAUCUGCAAGCAUCUAUUAACUGUGUUAGCAAAACUGUCUAUAAAGAGACCCGUGUGUGGGCAGCAUCCUGUUGGAUGUUCUCAUGCCCUCUAGUACCAGUUCAUAAAUGCUCUGCAUCUUGUUUAAAAUUAUUAACUAUGCUUUUAAAAAAUAAAUUGAAAUAAAGAGCUUUUAUUUAUUUUUUUAAGAGCUUUUAAAAAGUGUUCAUCUUUUCACUCAGCAGUUUUCUUUGUAAACAUUUAUUUAAGAAAAUUGUUGCCCAAGUAUGCAAAAUGUGCAAGAGGGAUCCUUGUUCAUUGUAACAUCAUUGAUAAGAGCAAAAAACCGAAAAUAACUUAAAAUCCAUCCAUAAAAGACAAGUAAAUUAUGGUAUUAUCAUACAUGGAAUACUAUGCAGCCAUUAAAAAUUAAGUAGAUAUGGAUAUAUUAACUUGGGGAAAUGUCCAAGGUAUAUAUUGUUUGGUGGGAGUGGGUAAAAAGUAGCAUGUGUAGUAUGAGCUACUUUGGGGUUAAAAAAAAGGAGUGUCUGUGUAUAUAUAUGCAUAGAAAAGAGCCAGAAUUUCAUUGAUCAGGAUUCUAAGUGGUAUAGGAUUAGUGGUGGUCUUUUUUUCUUUAUACUUUUCUAGAUGUUUUGAAUUUUUGCAAAAAAGAAAAACAUUAUUUUCAUAAUGAGAUAAACAAUACUGUUCUCCCCUUUUAAAGGAGGUAAAACAGUUAACCAGUCAGUAUAAUAAUUAAAAUUCAGAAUCAUUUUUACUUUCUACUAAUAUAUAUAUUUAUUUUUGUCUUUUUCCUUAGGAUUUCCUUAGAAGCUGACUUUGGGAGAGUUACUAAACUUCUUUGACUUUUAAUUUUCUAUUUUUUUUUUUAUAAAAUGGGGGUUAAAAUAGUUUCUAACCUGUAAAGUAAGGUUACUGUGAAGGUUAAGUGAAGCAGUGCAUAUAUAGAGUAACUGCUGCAUAAGUAGCAUGAGUGGGAGCUGACAGUUGGUGUUGGACUCUCACGUGUAAAGGAGUUCUUUUUGGGUCCCCAUCUUCUCUCCUUGCUUCUUUCCAGGAAGUAAGUGUCUCUGGAUCACCUCACCAGACAUGUUCAGGGAUAUUUAUAGUCAUCCAAAUUUUUAAAAUAAUUGUUUUCUCUCUGUAAUUUGUUUAAAGGAGUUUGUGCAGUUAAUGGUCUGUUAUACGUAGUUGGAGGGGAUGAUGGUUCCUGUAACUUGGCAUCAGUAGAAUAUUAUAACCCAACAACUGAUAAAUGGACAGUUGUGUCAUCUUGUAUGAGCACAGGAAGAAGU